AUGGCGUGGGCAGAACCUCGAAACACUGGCAUGAUCUACCGCCGCCUCGGGCGGUCCGGCCUCCAUGUCUCAGCCAUUAGCCUGGGCAGCUGGCUGACCUACGGCGGAUACGCAGACGAGGAGAAGACGCUGGCCUGCGUCAAGAAAGCGUACGACCUGGGCAUCAACUUCUUCGACACGGCCGAGAACUACACUGCUGGCAAGGCGGAGAUUGCGCUGGGAAAUGCCAUCAAGAAAUUCGGCUGGAAGCGGAGCGACUUGGUCAUUAGCACAACUGAUCGGUUGCCCAAUGAAGAGAUCAAUUGGGGUGCGCAGAAUGGCGAGAUCUUGGUCAACAACCACGGCCUGUCGCGAAAGCACAUCAUUGAGGGUUUGGAGGCCUCGCUUGAGCGCCUGGGUCUGAAAUAUGUCGAUAUCGUCUACGCCCACCGUCCCGACCGGCUUACGCCGAUUGAGGAGACUGUGAGGGCAUUCAAUUAUGUGAUUGACAAGGGCAUGGCUCUUUACUGGGGCACAUCUGAAUGGAGUGCCGAGGAGAUUGCUGAGGCAAUCGGUGUCGCUCGAGAUCUGCGGAUGAUCCCGCCCAUUGUCGAGCAGCCCUUCUACAACAUGCUGGUGCGGAACAAGGUUGAGGGCGAGUUCCAGCGCCUCUACGCACGCCACGGCCUCGGCCUGACGACCUUCAGCCCCAUCAAGAUGGGCAUCCUCUCGGGCAAGUAUAACGACGCCGUCGACGGCAAGCUGCCCCCCGACUCGCGCUUCGGCUCCAGCCAGGACAAGUUCGCCAAGUUCAUGCGCGAGAAGAUCGGAUCCUCAGGCGACGAGGAGUGGAAGAAGGAGAUUGAGACAGUCCGGAGGCUCAAGCCCGUGGCGGACAGGCUGGGCAUCUCGCAGAGCCAGCUGGCCGUAGCGUGGUGCCUGAAGAAUGAGAACGUGAGCAGCGUCAUCACGGGCGCGAGCAAGCCGGAGCAGAUUGAGGAGACGGUCGGCGCGUUGAAGAUUCUGGACAAGCUGACGCCGGAGGUCAUGGCUGAGAUUGAUGAGAUUACGGGGGCCAAGGUGACUCUUGACCCGGCAAGGCAGGACUAA